GGGUAUGGAAUGUCAUGGCGUCCCAGAGUACGUGAUUGUCAAUGGCAGAGUUUGUGUGGAUGAGGGUGACCUGAAAGCUGUUCAAGGACAUGGAAACUUUAUCCCAACACCAGUCUUCCCACCUUAUGUGUACAACAUGGUGAAAAAUAGAGAGGAGGAGAAGGUAUCUAACUCGGUGUCAAGAAAUAACGUUGAGAAUGAUAUUGGUGGUACGGCUGAAAGCAAGCCAUCCACACCGACACCUGUUCACGAGCCAACUGUGGUGGCCUCACAGGCCCCUGAACCGCGGCUUACCACUCCCUCAAGCAAGGGCCAGAGGAACUUACAGGAUUCAACCUUCUCCAUCAGUGGUGAGAGCCCUAAUGGAUUGCAUGAACAAGAAUCAGGUAGACGUAUGUUUAUAUUUCCUGCACAGAGUACCAUUUCUUAAUAAUCUUGCGGCAAGUAUGAGUGAGACAUUCUUUUCCAUUUUCGCCCUUGCAUGAAAUUCUCGUGUCAAUUUCUUUAUGCUUUCUCCGUUAAUGUAAAUGUAUAACUUAAUCAGUUUUCUUGUUUAAAACUUUGAUGCGUUCUUUAUUUUCAUUUGAGUAUUUAGUGAAACACGUCAAGGAAUCAUACAAUAGUGGCUGGCUUAUUCCGCAUGCCUUUUCUUCUCUUAGAUGUGUCUGUUGGAAAGGUCGCAUGUCCCUCAAGCUCUAUAGAUAACUUGAGCAAGAUGUUAUCACAGAUUCAUUUACCCUUUAGUGUUGACCUCUAUAUGCUGUGUAGUUGUAGCAAGGUAUCUCCUACCUCGUUGGCCGUUAACAAAUAUACGUGCUGUCGGCCAGCCAGACGAGGUCCGGGGCCGGAGGGGAAGACUACCUAGCAUAUGAAAUUUUACUCCCUCCCUGCCCUUUCCAUCUUCCUUGCCCCUCUUACUGUUACGUAGUCAGGUUCAGAGAUAUUUUGUGCCCAUGUAUACACUAACCCGCUGUUUCUCGCUUGUUUCCAACCUCAGUGCAUAUAAAACUU